CCUGGUAAUGCAUUUUUUCCAGCAGUAACCUACUGUGUACUGCGCGUGGAGCACGGAGGACAUGGCAACUUCAGAUCUCCACGAGGGAGCGAUGCUCCAUUCAUUCAGUUGAUCGUCACAAGCAGCUACCAAAUCUAGCUCUGAUUGGCCGAGCUUGACAGCUCAUGGGCCGCGCAUGGCACACGGUCGCGCACAUGCAGAUAGGUACCGUUAACUAACGGUGAACGGGCCGCCACCAUCGAGCUCUCUCGGCAUCCCUGUCUCCCGUCUUCCUGACCUCGGUCCCCAACGGCUGUCUUGUUAAUGGUCGCCUACGGCGCACAACUUUGCAGCCUUUGCCAACCUUCCACGCUUUCCUCUUACCUGGUCGAUCCGAGUUUUGGCUGCCUGCGAGUUGACAGCAGCGGAGAAAUUACGUGUACGACAGUCUGGGUCAUUGCGUUGACUCCCUGGCGCCUCUCAGCAGCCGCGAGCCCGGACCACGUCUCGAUCCUGCACCACAUCCUGAGCCCGAGGUCACCCGCGACGAGAGACCCGGGUUUUCCAUCUCGAGCAACUGCCCAAUGGUCGCCACACUUCCGUUGAAGCCACAUCAAGCGCCAGUUGCGACGCCAGUCGAAUGAAUGCAACCCCUAAACCCAUUCCUGAGCGCCUUCUCCAAGAGCCCCAUCCUCGCCCAGUGCCUGCCGCCCCAACAGCACAUCCUCCUCGUCCCGACCGCCGAUGUCCUGCUCAGUUUGCGCGACCCCGACACGGGCGCGCCUCUCGUGGCCUCCAUAGCCUCCGAUGAGUUCCUGGCGAGCCAUGUGCUGCGGAUCCCCAUCCCAAAGGCUCAGGCGGCCGGGGCAAAGGAUGCCACCCAGAAUCUCCGCGAGAUGCGCGGAAAGCCCAAGGUGUACAGCACUUUUAAUGGCAGGAGUAUCGUCAUCAAGGACAAUAGCAUCUACACCAACAAGGGCUUCAAGUCGCUGGCCCAAGCCAACCUGCUCCACGAUGUCAUCUGGUACCCGGACACGCUCGAUCCGCGGCCGUUCUUGAUUUAUUACAUAUCGCGCCCGCUGGUUGGAUCUUGGGAGGAGGUCAAGGUGACGCCGGCUGUGCUGCCACCUCCGCGCGAAGGGCCGAGUCGGCUGGCCAAAGCAUCGGCGGACGCUCGAGAGCCCACGAGCUCGCCCAAGAAAAAGGACAUCAAGACCUUCCAUGAGCUGCUCAACCACUUCCCGGCAAUUGCCAAGCAGAUGCAGGCCGGCUUGGAGAAGCUGUUCCGCGAGUUUACCCUGGUUUUCGAACGGCCGCUGCCGCCGCCGCCGUCGGCAAAGGACAUCCCCGAUCCGGAACCGGACGGGCCGAUAGCGACAGCCUUGAAAAGAGCGAGGUCCAACAGCGAUGCCGGCCGGGGGUUUGCGGACGGGGCCAACGGGGCUCCAGCCGCCGACGUUCCCCAGGAUGACGAGACCGUCUUGAGGACUGCUCUGGAGACGGCCGUGACAGCUGCUAUUGACCUGUUUCAGAGCGUCGACCGACAGCAGCUCUCACUCCUGGGUGCGACCACUGAUUUGACCGGCCCGGUCGUCGAGCGGCUGAUCGAGCGCUACAUCGCCGAGAACGUUCAUCACAUGCUGUUCCCGCGCCUUGCUGCGCUGAGACGCCAGGAGGACCUCGAGCUUGAGGCGAAGAUUAGGCAGAUGGACUUCAUUGACAUCUCGCAGCUAGGCGUCGUCAUUGAAGGAGGCAACCGUGCCAAGCGCGAUGUCGUGAACAGGCUAGGGCGUGCCGUCGAGGAAUUCCGGAAGAUGCCCAAUGCGAGCUGCCCGCAGGAGAUGAUGGAAAUCCUGCUCUCGACGACCAAAGCGGCUACCCAUCUCACAGACGCGCCGCAGCCGGGGGAAGCGUCGGGAGCCGCGUCCGAGAAACCCGUCAUGACCAUUAACGCAGACACGUUGGUCUCGCUGCUGCUCUACGUCGUGAUCAAGGCGCAGAUCAAGCAUCUCCAAGCCAGGCUGACCUACAUCCACAAUUUCAUCUUCAUCGACGACGUCGAGAGCGGCGAGAUGGGGUAUGCUCUCAGCACCUUCGAGGCUGUUCUGUCAUACCUCGACCGCGAGUCCGGCGGCUUGCGCCGAGCGAGUCGGCGAAACAGGGCUCUCUGGGAUGCCACGGCGAAAGGCGACUUGGCAGCGCUGAGGAAGAUCAUGGAGCCGGACGAAGAUGCUAUCGAGGAUGACGAGGAAGUGUUUGGGUCAUCGCACGCCCGAAGGCAGUCGUCCAGCGGGUGGAGUUUCACGAACGGGAGCUCGCGCAGGUCCUCGUUGAGCUUUACACCUUCGGAAAGGUUCUCACUCGGAUCCGGACUCAGCCACGUGUUUCCCUUCCAGAAUAAUAGAACGGACGCAGACACCGAGAAGUUCUCCUUGCCACCGCCUAAGCGGGUGAAGAAAGUGGCCAUGGACGUACGAAGUAUGUCCAGCGGCUCUGAGGUCUCACUCCGCUCGAUGCCCCUGAGCAUCGGCACGUUGAGCGGGAUUGAAGGAGACACGUCUAUCGAGCGCCUUUCCCAGACGCAAGAUGCGUUUGGCGACUCGGUCCCGAUGAUGGCGAUACAAAACAAACAACCAGAGGCGCUCAAGUACCUGCUCUCGCUGAAGCGGUAUUACUCGCCCGAGGCGAUCCUAGACGACCAAAAUAACGAGGGGACGACGCUAUUCAGCGCUGCCGUGCAGUUGGGAGACGAGACUAUCAUCGAAAUCGUUCUCGACUUUCUGUUGGAAUCGACGGACGAUAACAGAAUCCGCGACUACCUCGCCAUCCAGGACACCUGGGGCAGGAGCGCGGCCCACUACCUGUUUCAUGCGCCGUUUCUAAUACAGCGGAUCGGCCGGCUACUGCCGUGGCGGCAAAAAGACAAGAACGGGCAGACGCCCCUGUUUGCCCUCUGCCGAUCCUACGAUCAUCCGAACUACUCCGCCAUGGUUGAAGAAGCGCUGGAUGCGGCCACCAAGAGCCAAGGGGAUGGGCAGCCGCUCCAUCUGGACAAUCACGUGGAUAUCAAGGGGAACACGUUGUUGCACAUCGUCAACGACGCCCACUUGGCCAUGCUGAUCUUGCAAAAGUGCGACGUAGACGUCAAUGCGACAAACGAGAAGAAGUUCACCGCCCUGAUGCUGGCAAGCAAAUAUGGCCGCUUCGGCAUGGUACGGGCGCUGUUCGGCGACCCCCGCGUCGACACGGCCGCCCGGGAGCUGAGGGGCUUGACGGCGGUCGAGCUGGCCAAGGACGACGAGCUGCGGAACAAGAUCGACGAUCUCGUGCUCUUCUCGCUCAUGCCGGGCAUGGACUCGCGGACCACGGGCGUCGUCCGCGCCUUCUUCGUCGAGGACGCCUCGAUCCGCUUCGUGCUCAAGUCCGGCGCGCCUGUCGACAAGCAGAGCUACGCGGUCACGACCUGCCGGCGGUCGCUGAGCGACUUUGAGCACCUGGCCAAACUGCUGCAGAUGGAGAACCCGGCGUCCUGGAUCCCGUCGCUCGCGGACCUCCGCUCGCCCAUCCAGAUCCCGUCUCGGCCGAGCCGCGCAGUGCUCAAGGACCUGCAGGUGCGGAUGGACUGGUUCCUGAGGGUGCUGUUGCAGCACCCGACGUUUGCCACGCACGAGAUGCUGUGGGAGUUCUUCCUGGUGCCGGACCUGCAGCUGGAGACCAUGGCGGAGCGGAGCAAGCUCAAGGCCGACGCGCUGAUGGAGAAGGUCCACGACGAGUUCGAGCCGGUGGAGGACCUGCGGGAGGUGGAGCAGUUCAUUGACCACGCUAGGGACAUGGUGCGCAGCGUGCACUUCUCUACGAGGAGCGUUGCGCGGCGGGCGAACGUGGUGGCCAAUGUCGUCAAUGACCUCCACGAAUCCUCCGCCAUCCUCUCCCGCACCCUCUCGACGCUCGCCUUCCUCCCCGCCUCCCACACCGCCGCGUUUGCCACCUACGUCCGCGCGCUCGCGCCCUCGCAAAGCUCGCCGCACGCGGCCUUCUUCAACACGUUCCUCACGCUGUACGGCAACGUCGAGUCGGUGCUCAAGGCGCUGGCGCGGCCGCCGCAGACGAUCGCGCAGAUCCAGGCGGUGCGGCGCGAGGCGGAGCGCGGGUACAGCUCGCUGGCGCGGGCGUCGCGCUGGCCGCUCGCGCUCGGCGGCGGCUUCGGCCUGCUCGACGAGACGCGCCAGCGGCUGAGCGAGGAGCGCGAGGAGAAGGCCCGCCGCAGCGAGGGCCGCGCCGAGACCCUCUCGCGCGAGCUGCGCUACGCCCAGCAGACCGUCGCCGCCGAGCUGGCCGGCUGGAGGGACAUGCACGAGCGCAUCGGCCGCAAGGCCAUCAGGGACCUGGCCAGGGGCAUGGUGGUUGCGGAGAGGAUGCGGUUGGAGGGCAUGCUGAGGGCGCUGAGGGUUGUGAGGGAGGGUGAGGUACCGCCGGCUGGCGGAGGGAUGGAAAGGAGGGCAGAUGUCACUGCCGGUGGUGAUGGUAUUGGAGCCGGUGGUGCUGGUGGCGUGCGUCAUCGCUCACCGCUUGUUGAGCGGUAUGGUGAAACGGGGGAGGUGGGGGAGGCAAGCGGGAGCUGGUAGAGUGCGGUGUGCGGUGGCGAAGUGUGGGUGUGGAGAACAGCCGACAAGAAGGGAUGUGGUUUCGAUCCAGAGGCGGUGACGCGUCGGCGGAUGGUGCGGACGCGUCGAGCAUCAAGAGCCCCCUUCCUUCGGCCCCCGAGCCUCGCAAUGUCAUACCUCCACACCAUCCCACCAACACCACCACACCCCACCCCCGUUCGAGCGUGAGGGACAUGCAGCAUGAACUUAAAUCGCGUGAUUUCCACAGAAGGAUCGGUUAGGAUACCCCUCCUGGGGAAG